AUGGUUCUCCGACGAACGUCAUGUCAGGCAGACGAGACCUGCUCAAUGCUUGCUAAUCUCCUCGCGAACCGCGUCCCUGAGGCUUAUACUAUGGUCCUUGUUAAUCGAUGUCCAGAGUUUUUCGGCAACCAUGUAUUCGAUAUGGCAUCAAAUUUUGCCAUUAGUCAGUACGUUGCUGGAACUUCCAUCAUGUUACACGGAUCGAAUGGAGACGCCAAGAACAUGGCAACAACUUCAGCCAGCACAUUAACCACCUCCAUGAACCUCACAACCUUUUUCGCUGUGUGCUGUAUAUCCUGGCCGCACGUACCCCUCGGAGAUGUACAAGCAGACCGGCGUGCCAUUUAUACGGACGGGACGUUACAGUACCCAAAGCUCCAUAAGCUGACUCUGGGGAAGGAUGGUGGGGAUUUCUUCGCUCAGCAGCAAGGCAAGCUAGACCAAGAGCAGGAGGUUUAA